AUGUUCUAUGUCAAAAACAUUCCUUCAACGACAUCAGUCCUCUCGACAUACACUACAUUCACUGCAUUGGCCAUGCUGGUCCGAGGCGUGGUUAGGGAGGUUCAAGCCAUAACAAAGGAAACGCGUCAUCAAGGAAAUCAUGAAAAUAGAGUGCUUGAGCUCAGUUUUCAUAACAAAUGCAUGGAAAAGGUAAUAAAUUCUUACUUGCCAUAUGUAAUUGAGAUGUCGAAAGCCAUCAAAGAAGAAAAGACGGCGGUGAAACUCCUUUCACUCGGACACUUUGGUGUCGACAACGAUGGAACAUGGGGAUCGACCAAUCUCGACCAUCCAUCGACUUCCGAUAAACUGGCAAUAGAUCCUGCAGUCAAGAAAGAGAUAAUAGACGACUUGGACAGAUUUGUUCGAAGAAGGGAUUACUACAAAAGAGUAGGAAAAGUAUGGAAACGUGGGUACUUACUGUAUGGUCCUCCCGGGACAGGCAAGUCAAGCCUGAUUGCUGCCAAGGCCAACUACCUAACAUUUGAUAUCUAUGACCUCGAACUCACGAGCAUUUAUAACAACUCGGAUCUCCGAAGGUUGUUGGUUUCAACCAAACAUCGAUCAGUGGUUGUGAUUGAGGAAAUCGAUUGCAGCAUUGACCUCCAGAAUAGACAAGAUGAGAGAUCUGAGCCUGGUACUGACAACAAGAGAACUUUAUCAGGGUUGCUUAAUUUCAUCGACGGGCUAUGGUCAAGCUGUGGAGACGAGAGAAUAAUAGUGUUUACAACAAAUUAUAAAGACAAGCUUGACCCGGCUUUGCUGAGGCCGGGUCGAAUGGACAUGCAUAUCCACAUGUCCUACUCCACCCCUGGUGGAUUCAGGGUCCUUGUUUCUAAUUAUCUAUGUAUUUCCGAUCAAAACAUAAGGAUUUGGAGAAAUUUUGAGAGUAAGGAGAGGGAGAGGAGCGACGACCAAGAGAAAGGCCGUGGCUGGGGAGACGCAAACUGA